UUCAGAAGAAAAUGAAGAUGUAAGAGACAGGUGUAAUAGAUUAAAGGUUUAGAUUGAUGAGUUUGAAGAAAGUUUGAUCAGUAAACCUGCUGACUGAUCAUCAUCCAUCUGUCUGUCUGAUAGCUGACAGAGAAAUAUGGGAAGAUUGAAGAAGAGCUGCAGAAAACCAAAGAAGAACUGAAGAACAAGACUGAAGAGAUGGAGAAACAUGUAGAGACACACACAUAAACACUAUCAUUGUGUUAUUGAGGACUGACCUCUGAUCAACAUAACUGUGACUUUGCUCCAUCUACUGGUGAAAUGAUACAACUGCAGGUUUUCUCCUCUCAGGUCAAUGAACUAAAGGAGGAGAAGAAGAAGCUGCAGGAGGAGAUGGAGACCAGAAACAAAGAGCUGGAGACUAGAAACAAAGAGCUGGAGACCAAAAACAAAGAGAUGGAGGAGAUGAAAGAUGAGUUGGAGAGAAACAAAGCUGCUGCUUCCAGGUCUAUCUGGCCUUUCAGGCUAACAGAGCCCUCCAACAAUCAGAAGAAAGUGGAGUCACUGAAGGAGGAGGUCAAUGAACUAAAGGAGGAGAAGAAGGCGCUGCAGGAGGAGCUGGAGACCAGAAACAAAGAGAUGGAGGAGGUGAAAGAUGAGGCAUUUUGCCCCUGGUAGGGUCUCCCAAGUCAGGCUGACAAACCAAGAGACAGUGUACCAGUCCCAGAGGGCUACCGGUGCCUGGGGCUGUCAUGGGCUCGCCUCCCUGUGGGCCCACCACCCGUGGGAGGUGCAGCAAGGGUGUGAAAUGCGCGGUGGACCAGGACAGGGACCUUGGCGGUCUGAUCCUUGGUUAUGGAAG